AUGCGUUUUGCUCCACAUUCUCAUGGUUGUGUGUUGUACAAUAGGAUUUGGAAUUCAAGUGCAGAGACAGAUCCAAAAACUUCUGAGUUUGCUUUCUUUAAGAAAUUGAAGAAGGAUGCAAGCGAGGGAUUUCAUUCACGUUCACUGCAAAAGGAUGCUCGCCUAUCAUCUCAGAAGCCAGAAUCCACGGACUAUUCCAGAGAGAAGACUGGUGAUGUCCGGAUUGGAAGUAAUGGCCACAACUCUUCAAGGAUAACUGAGCAUGUAUCAACUGUGACAGGCUCAUUUUUCUCACCUUCCGUAAAAGGCUUGUACUCCAUCAGCAACACGCCAAAAGACUCCCGAGAUUAUAGUGACAAAUUUAAACCCCAGCGAAAAUUUUCACAUGAAGAUCAGUAUGCCCAUGGAGAAGUUUUUGCUAGAAAGAGACAAAAAUUACGACAGUGUAUUGCAGAUGUCUUAUUUACAGACACAGAAAAGCUCAGAAUUUUCAGGGACGAUAUUACAUCCAUGCUUCUUAGUCGGCUGUUCCCUACGAGCACUGAAGAAAAUAAAUACGAGGAUACACAUCCAGCAAAAGGAGCGAAUGGUACAAGAUAUGAUUUACCUGAUUCGCCAGAGUCAGAUGAUCAAUUUAAGGAGCAAUAUCAGAUACCUGAAAGGAAACUUAUUGAAUUCGAAUCAAGCCCAUACUUCAGCGAUCAUGUGUUGUCUCCUACGUUUGUCAGACUAGAUGAGAGAAUUAAUCUGCACACGAAGUUUUCAACUUAUCAGCCUCACAAUUUUCCACCUCUUUACAGAAUAACAGAACCUGAGUGCAAACUAAGUGCAACUCCAAGUUUCGGUGUCACAACCAAGGGUGAUGUAAUUCUUGAAUCUCUGCUUAACGAAGCAGCAAAUGCUACCAGAUAUGGUUUACAUGAUUCUCGGGAGUUAGAUGUCCAAUUUGCAGAACACCAUCAGAUACCUAAGAGGAAAUCUCUUGAACUUGAAUCAAGUUCAUCUUUCAGUGAUCAUUUGCUGUCUCCUGUGUUUCUUCGAUCAAUUGAGAUGAUUAACCCACAUGCCGACUUUCAAACUUGUCCACUCAACUUUCAACCUCUGCUCAGCAUGACAGAAGCUAGAAGCAAUUUUGGUGGAACUCCAAGUUUCAUUGACAAGAGUGAUGCAACUCGAGGAUUUCUGAGUAAUAAUCAAGAUCAUAAUCAAGAUCAUGAAAUCUUUACACUGAAUCAUUUCAAAGAGUUGGGGAUAGUAGAGAAAGAACCGGUUCCUCUGCUUACGGAAAAAGAUUUUGACUAUAGUGCAAAUGCGACAAAUUUACCUAUCACUUGUAAAUACACAAAGCCAAAAAUGGUCUCUCAAUUAUCAAUUUUAGGCCACCGUGAAGAACAGAUAUUACACAAUACAUUAGAUAAAUACCACUUUAGUCCCUCAUCCUCGCUACUCGACAAGUCACAGGACUUCAAUUCAAUAUUGGAUUCUGGUGUCUUAAGAUAUCAGGAGUUGAAGUUCGGAAAAUAUGUCUAUGAAGACAUGGAAUCAAAUUUUAACCAUACAGCACUGUCUUUGUCACACAAUAAGCACAACUUUAAUGUUUCUGAGAAUUACAGGAAUGACACGUCAUGUGAUCAAGACAGCAUGAUCCUUUCACCAUACCAGCAUUGGGUUGGAAGGACAGUUUCCAGUGCCUACCAUCAUUAUCCUAAUCCGGAAGCCUGGCUUUCAUCUUCACUUGAUGAAUGUCAGAGGAGCUUAUCUCUAACUAGUUCCCAUUUAAAUUACCGAAGUUCAAGUUCAAGAACUUUACAAUUGCCACAAAAGGAAAGUAUGUCUUCUCCUUUUCACAUGAAUGAUAAUUACGAGCCAGAAAUGAAUGGUGAAAAUCACGGGGAAGUGCUUUAUCAUUUUAGGAAAAGCUUGAUUGAAAUAUAUAACUCUUCUUUUCUUCAUAUGCCCAUGCAAAGAAACAAUGGAUGGCCAUUUCCUUUGGAUGGCGGUGAAUUUCAACUUGGUUACGCACUUCUGCUCUACUGUAUGGUGUUGGUGAAGGCCUACAUCAACGUCUCCGAACCACACGCCCCACGCCACCGUGUGGGGGUAUAG